AACCCAGAAAGGGACUGCUACGGAGGACAAGAUUAUGGAAACAACUGAUCACUUCACCUGCUAAAAGUCAAUACCCGAAUUGUGAUCGAACUAUCGAACUAUCGGUCGUUUUGCGCGCGCGCUAUCUACAGCAUCAAUCUCGCGUUCAGAAACACCGGGCAAUCGCCAGCAUAUGGUCCAAAUAUGUCAGGCACAUGUAUCUCACUAUCGGGCUCGACCCAGUGCCCCGCUUUCAACAGCUCCUCUGUCUCGACGAACUCUAGUCUCUACACUGAUUUCCCCUUCAUGCAAUAUGUGUCAAAUCUAACGUCGUUCGACAACGAAUUGAGCUCUUACGUUAUGCAGGGCUAUGUCAAGGAAAAGUACGUGGAGUACUUGGGUUGCCAAGGUGUCAACUUGACUGAUACCGAUGACUAUUAUGCACGCUAUACAACAAGUGUGAUCUGCAGCAGUUUGGUCCAAAGCUCCAAGGACAAUUGCGAUUUAUCCGAUGAAGACUCAAGACCACUGUGUGCCGAUACCUGCGCAUCAAUGGCCAUUAGUGAGGAGGCUAUAGUUACAGACACCGACCUCUGCUCUCAAAAGGCAAGCGACUAUAUGGCUCAAAUACGCUCCGACUUCACAAUCUGCGCCCUACCGGCUGACUCGCUUACUGUGACUUGCAUCACUGGGGCUGAAAAUGAACCCAACAAUUGCGGGUAUCGAUCGAACAUUCUGGGCCUAUGUACAUAUUGCGCCUCAACAUCGGCCAACUCUACUGAUACCUGCUGCACCAACUCAAAUGCUGCUACUCGCUGUUCAAAUGUAACAAUUCCGUCCUCGACUCUUCCGCCGAUCUUUACUUCCACGGCUGCAUCCAAUUCGACCACUACAUCGAAUGGUCUGUCGGGUGGGCAGAUAGCAGGGGUUGUGAUAGGCUCUGUUGCCGGGUUUGCACUGUUAGCUGCUCUAGCCGUGCUGGCGUUGAUCUAUUGGCGACGAAAGCGCCGGGCGGAGAAUGACGGGUCCCUGAACCAGCCCAACCCACAGAGAAAGGGGUCUCCGUCUAUGCAGCAGAGUCGAAGCCAAAAUGAAAUUGCUGCUAUACCCGGCGGACGAGUGGCCAGGAUGUCCGCCUUGCGCGAAGCUCCUAAUUCAUCUCCAGCACGCUCUCGGUACUCGGCUGCUUUGUUUGGCGGCGCUAAGUAUAGCGAUACCUCGGACUCUGAUUAUGGCGCCAGCCCUGGGGCAAUGUCGAAAAAGAUCCCUCCCACGACCGGGAAACGUCAUGGUUCGCUUUCCAGUAAUUCAGCCUUGGCUGGUGCGGGAAGUGAUUCUUCCCCACGCUCAGGGAACGCUGGUCAGUACUCGUCACCAGACGGAUUGGCCAGCGGUCAGUCGGAGCAACUAUCUACUUUCCAGGACUACUACUCUCAGGAUGACAUCCAUCCGGGUGACAAGGUCGCGGUACUCUGGGCAUACCAGCCUCGGGCAGGUGAUGAGUUUGCUCUGGACCGCGGCGAGAUGUUGAAAGUAAUUGGUAUUUGGGAUGAUGGAUGGGCCACUGGUAUUCGCGUUUCCGAAACAGCAGAGGACCACGACGCUCGACACCGCGAGCAAAGAGACAGCGGCGUGUCGAAUGGUUCACAGCGGGCUGCCACAUCCCCUCCCCCUGUCGGUGACAUCAAGGCCUUCCCGCUGGUUUGUGUAUGCCUCCCACAGCAUUGGCGGAAGAUCAUCGACGGUGGACAAGCCGAUGACGGUCCAUGAUGGCUGGAAGCAGACAAUUGCCAAAACCGUCUAUUCGAAGCCUCACGCUUUUAACGCCAUAUUUAUGCCUUGAUGAUGAUAUCUUUCUUGCGUCGCUCUCUUCCGCUCGCUUCAUGGGUACAACGAUUUGCCUUUUGCGUUCACUUCACUACUUGAAACAAUCUUAUUCCGAAGAGACCUCCCACUUACC